AUGUCAGUUGCUAUCCCAAUCAACUCAAACAAUAAAAUUCCAACAGAGUUUUGCUUUCCCUUAAGAGAACCUUCUCAAGACCUUUCUCUUUCUUCAUCAUCAUCAUUAUCAUCAUCAUCUUCUUCUUCUCCUCCACCAGCAAGAACUUCUGCUGUCUUUCAUUCUCGUCAAUAUACAGGUAUAGAACUCCCUAAAACUCUUCAGUCACCACAAUCACAACCACCAUCACAUAGAAAACAUGCUCACAGAAGAUCUGCUGCAAUCUCAUUUGAUCUUAAAUCAUCUUCUAAUCCACUCCAAGGGCUGGUCCCUCAAAGUGCUGCUCAUUCUUUAACCAUCCCACAAUCUGCAUCUUCUCCAUCUUUAUUCUCUUCAGAACAAAUCUCAAACGCUACUCCGCGCUCUCUUGCAUCCUCUUCAUCAUCAAAGCUUAAAGUUCAGUUUGCUCAGGACCUUCCAAAACCUUUUGGUUCUACUGCUAAUAUUAAUAAUAACAAUAAUGCCUUAACUGAAGUCAACUACCACCACGUGACUUCAUCGGGCGCGCCUCCCUCACCUCCGCCCAAUUUGGAUAUUUGUCUCCCUAAAUUGGUUAUUUCACCUCCUACAGCAACAAUGGCAACUACCCAAAAUGGUAACUUUUUGAGGACUCCUACUCAAAUCUCAUCUACCACAACAACAAUAACACCAGCAACACCUGCAACACCAGCAACAACAACAUCUUCUGCCAUACUCUCACCAAGUUCUCCAGCCGAGUCCUUCUCGGAACCUGAAGAAGAAGAAGUAAUGACCGACCUCAUUCUUGCAGGCCCUCCAGAGUCACUUCCAUUUUAUAAUGAUUCUAACCUAAGAUACUCCUCAUCAUAUAUUGACUCGUCUCAACUGGUUGCUGCUGGAGUUUCUUCAGACUCUUACACUCAUUCAUCUGCAAUGGUUUCGUCUUACUCUUUCUCUUCUUUUGACCCUUCUUCUCUCAUUGACCUUGACGCUGCUCUUGGUCCAUUCUGCACUCCUAAAAAUAUCCCUAAACUUCACCAUCGCAGAUCUGAGUCAGCCCCAGAGUCCUCCAUUCCUGCAUUUAAUGCUAUCCGCAAACCACGCCUUCCAAUGGCUUCUUCUUCUUCUGAGGACUUUGUCAUUAUUGAAGAAGAAGCUGAGGAAAACGAUGACCUUAAACCCCCCCAUUUGGGUCAUCAUGCUGAUGCUUCUCUCUCAAACCUCUCUCUUGCCUCUGCAGGCUCAGGGCCAUCUCCGAGAGACCGCGCGCGAGUUGCACGCAAUUGUAACUCGCUUUCCAUUCUUUCGCUCUCGGCGACUUCCUUGGACCAAACGAAGCAUGAAGUGGAGAUGAAGCAAGUGGAGCUAGAAAUUGAAAAUGAAGGGAAAAAGAGAAAAAAAGAAGAAGAAGAAGAAGUUCAAGCACAUGCAAAUGCACACGCACAAGUGCAAGCACAAGUUGAAGUUAAAGUUGAAAAUGAUGGAAAAGAAAAAGAUGAAAUGCCUCAGUUUUCUAUGGAACAACAGGUAUCUACCCAGCCUUCUUCUUCUUCUUCUUCUUCGAGCCAUAAAAAAAAGAAAAUGCUCAAGAAGAAGAAGAAGAAAGGCUCCAGAAGCUCUCCAACAGCUGCUGUUGAUAAGCCUGACGAAAAGAAACCCCACCGAUCACGACCCGCGCGAGUUUGGUCGUGGGUAGUUGGCCGUCGCUAA